AUGGCCACUGACUCUUGUCUUUCUAGGUCUUUCUUGUUCAAGAUAGAGCAUUCUGCUCUCUCACUCGGGGGCCUUCGGGUCCCCUCCCACUUUUUUGCCGGCGAGGGGUUUUUGUUCAGCUCUUGUCUUCCAUUCCAAAAAGAUCAAGAGCAACACAGGGCGAAACUGGGAUUCUGUUCAGCUCUUGUCUUCCCUUCCAAAAAGAACAAGAGUAACCCAGAUCAAGAGGAAUAUCUUUGA